GAAAAUAUUAUUUUAAAAAGAAUUCAGAAGGCUUCUAAUUUUUUUUGAGGUAUAUCUUCCAUACAGUAAAAUGCACAAAUCUUAAGUGUGCAGUUCGAUGACUUUUUUCCCUAAAUACCCACCCGUGUAGCCACAUUCAGAGCAAGAUAUAGGACAUUUCCAGUAACUUUAGGCCUCUUCCCAGUUAAUCCUGCACCCUUCCUCCUAGGGAACCCUCAUAAGUAACUUACUGAGAAGGUUUUUGUGCCAUUAUUUGAAACUAAAAAAGUAAUUGCUUGAAUUAUUAUAAAGUGGGUCUUUUAGUUACAGCGGAAAUGAUAGAUGGAGUUGUUAAAUGGGGUUAAACUCUGAGAUUUAUGUUAUUCCAGAGGGAUAGUAUUCUUUGUCACUUCAUGGGAGAUAUAAUCUGACCUGUGUUAUAACAUAAGGUUGUAUAGUCAGAAGCUCACCAGUGAGGUUUUUGGUAUAUAUACUUAAUUGUUCUGGUGAAUAUUGCUUUUGGUCUUUUUCCUUAACACUUCCAAGUAUACUUAUUUUAGUGGUUCUAGCACAGUAGAUCUAAGUAUCUCCAGCAAAAAUCUACUUUUUAGGUCUGAUGGUCAGUAAUAGGAUAAAAAGUUUGGAAAUUGAAGGAAAAUCGGAAGUGGAAAUGUGGGAAAGAUUGGCCUCCUAGCAAGAGUCUAACUUUGUGUAAGUAGAGAACCUAGCACAUAUCAGACAUUCACUUGGCAAGUGGUGAUAUGAAGGCACAAAGUCCAGUCAGACACUGAAGGUCAGGGAAGAUGCCUGCUUGGUGUUUGGAAAGUGCUAAUUGUUUCCUCCUGAUAGUAUUUUUCCCCCAAUAGUUUAAUUGAGGGGCACACAUAGAUACACAAUAUACAUACGUACAUACGCAUGCAUAUUUUUAAAACUUUUUAAUUGGAGUAUAAUAUGUAGAGAAAAAUGCACUAAUUAAAAGUGUAUAAAAGUUUCACAAAGUGAACAUAUUUAUUUAAUAAAAUCCCCUUUGUGCUUCCUCCCAUUCACUGCCUCCCCCCAGAGGUAACCAGUAUGCUGACUUCUGACACUACAGCUGGGUAUGUCAUUGAUGGGGCCACCGCUCUUUGGUGUGCAGCAGGAGCAGGACAUUUCGAAGUUGUUAAACUUCUAGUCAGUCAUGGAGCCAACGUGAACCACACCACAGUAACCAACUCGACCCCUCUGCGGGCAGCGUGCUUUGAUGGCAGACUGGACAUUGUGAAAUACUUGGUUGAGAAUAACGCCAACAUCAGCAUUGCCAACAAGUAUGACAACACCUGCCUAAUGAUUGCAGCAUAUAAGGGACACACUGACGUGGUCAGAUACCUUUUAGAACAACGUGCCGAUCCCAAUGCUAAAGCACAUUGUGGAGCCACAGCCUUGCACUUUGCAGCCGAAGCUGGGCACAUAGAUAUUGUGAAAGAGCUGAUAAAAUGGCGUGCUGCUAUAGUAGUGAACGGCCAUGGGAUGACGCCAUUAAAAGUAGCUGCCGAAAGCUGUAAAGCUGAUGUCGUGGAACUGUUGCUCUCUCACGCUGAUUGUGACCGGAGAAGUCGAAUUGAAGCUUUGGAACUCUUGGGUGCCUCCUUUGCAAAUGACCGUGAGAACUAUGACAUCAUGAAGACAUACCACUAUUUAUAUUUAGCCAUGUUGGAGAGGUUUCAAGAUGGUGAUAACAUUCUUGAGAAAGAGGUACUCCCACCAAUCCAUGCUUAUGGGAAUAGAACUGAAUGUAGAAAUCCUCAGGAACUGGAAUCCAUUCGGCAAGACAGAGAUGCUCUUCAUAUGGAAGGCCUUAUAGUUCGGGAACGGAUUUUGGGUGCUGAUAAUAUUGAUGUUUCCCAUCCCAUCAUUUACAGGGGAGCUGUUUAUGCGGAUAACAUGGAAUUCGAACAGUGUAUCAAGUUGUGGCUUCAUGCCCUGCACCUCAGACAGAAAGGUAACAGGAAUACCCACAAGGAUCUUCUUCGAUUUGCUCAAGUUUUCUCACAGAUGAUACAUUUGAAUGAAACCGUGAAGGCCCCAGACAUAGAAUGUGUUUUGAGAUGCAGUGUUUUGGAAAUAGAACAAAGUAUGAACAGAGUAAAAAAUAUUCCAGAUGCGGAUGUCCACAAUGCUAUGGACAAUUAUGAAUGUAAUCUCUAUACCUUUUUGUAUUUAGUGUGCAUCUCCACCAAAACACAGUGCAGUGAAGAAGAUCAGUGCAAAAUUAACAAGCAGAUCUACAACCUGAUUCACCUUGAUCCCAGAACUCGUGAAGGUUUCACCUUGCUGCAUCUAGCUGUCAACUCGAAUACCCCGGUUGAUGAUUUCCACACCAAUGACGUCUGCAGCUUUCCCAAUGCGCUUGUCACAAAGCUCCUGCUGGACUGUGGUGCUGAGGUGAAUGCUGUGGACAAUGAGGGGAACAGCGCCCUUCAUAUUAUCGUUCAGUACAACAGGCCCAUCAGUGAUUUUUUGACCUUGCACUCUAUCAUCAUUAGCCUAGUUGAAGCUGGCGCUCACACUGACAUGACAAAUAAACAGAAUAAGACUCCGCUAGACAAAAGUACAACUGGGGUAUCUGAAAUACUACUAAAAACGCAAAUGAAGAUGAGUCUCAAGUGCCUGGCUGCCCGAGCAGUUCGGGCUAAUGACAUUAACUACCAAGACCAGAUCCCCAGAACUCUUGAAGAGUUUGUUGGAUUUCAUUAAGUGACUGGAUAUGUAAAAUCGUUUAAUGUGGUGCUAAAAAGUAAAGGACUUUAAUCACAGACAAUAGAAUUAUGUGUUCAUAAAUUCUACUUUUCUUUCCACUACCUUUCCUCCCUCCCCAUCCUUAGUUCUGUAUUUGGUCUUCUUGCUUCAUAUGGUAAUUGAUUUCAAAUACACUUUAAACAAAGCCACAUUGUUUAGGUGUAACUAUAAUCUAAGGUGUUCGGAUACUGGUCCCUUAACUAUUUUCCUUUCUUUUUUUUGAGGAAUGCUUAUAAAAUGUUUUGUUUAUGUAACAGGGACAUUUAUGAUUUGAAGUUAAUAAUGUUUUAAAAAAUUGCCUACGAAAGUAUUUCUCUUAAGCCUGUGUCAGCGUGUUCUCCGUGCAGCGUGUUCUCCUUGCAGCAGUUUUGAGGAUUUUGUGAAGAAAAACAACUAAAAAGGGACGUUGAGAGUAAUGGGAUCCCCGGGUGUUCUGCACAUGCCAAACUGCUGCAGGUCAUGUUCACUCUUGCGUUAUUUAUGUGCAGUGAUGCCACACGUUAUGACAUCAGGAGGAUUUAAAAAUAGAGCUACAGAUUUACCUGAAAAAUGGGCUAAUUUAAUACUAGUCACAAAUUGAUAAAGUGAAAUCCAUUGAAAUUGUUGCAUUAUGCUGGGUGGUAUAUACACAAUAGUAAUGGUCUGAAAGCAACUUUUCAGAGAAUAUCAAUGGACUAUUUGCUGUUAGGCUUGACUGCUAAACGUCUUUGCAGUCUCUGUUUUAAUGUAAUUUAUCUAAAUUGCAGCAGUCUGCAUUUGAGUCAGCUCACAGAAAAUUAUGAAUGCUGUGUUUUCUUAGGAAACAAAUUGUCACAGUAUAGUUAUACAUUCUAAUUUUUGUUCUCGUUUCCCUUUCCUUCUGUGUGGUAUCUUAAAAUUUGGAAACUACUUUUCCAGAGGUCAUUAUUUGUGCCUCCCUAAUAAGGUGUUAGUGACAGAUGAAAAGGAACCAGGAUGUUUUUCACUUUCUUUUCUUAGUUCGUGAUAAGAAAAAUCACUAGUGUGGUAUGGGAAAUGAAAUGUUUUUGAUGAUGAAAAUAAUUCUCAAUGCCACUUUGAAAGGUAUUUCUGAGAGCUGCAUAUUUUUCAACCACGAAAAUAUCACUUAUUCCUACAGGCUGUACAGAGGCCUUUAUGUUUGUUUUGUUUUAAUGGCAAUAUUUUAACUGUCAGAUAAAGCAUUCUGUGAUUAUCUUUUAAGCAUCACAGAAAUUCAAGUAAAGGGUACACACAUUUCUAUUGAUGUUAAAAAUGAUAAAGUAAAAUUAGCUAUAUCUGUAUUUUUCUCUCUAGUGCCAAAUGAAUGCCUUAGCUACUCAUAGUGCAUGGUACUGUAAGUGAAGACCUGCAGCUUUUUUUUCUUCAAUGAAAAGCAUUAUAAUGAUGUAGUAACAUCAGAUAUAAACUAAAAAAAAACUUGUAAGGUUUCAGUUAACACUUUAUGUAUGGAUAUUGCUUUGUGAAGUAUAAGAGAAAGGUUGCAGUUGGAUCAGUAUAAAACAUAAUGACCAAGCCAAAAUCAGCACCUAGGGCCUUAAAUAAAAUAGCGAUGCCCGACAAAAUGAAGUACUUUGAAGGGUGGGAGGGAAUGGAAGGAGGAACUUUAAAAACUUCUUCCCCCAAGAAUGCAAGAUUCUUUAACAGCUACUGUAGGUAUUAUACUUUGUGUGUCUUCUUGCUUUUGUUAGGAAUGUUUUGAUGGUAAAUUUUGUCUGGUAAUAUAUUUUUGUUUUCCUAACCUGAGAUUUUUACAAGGAACAUUUUUAGGUUGGUUUAAAGGGAGGUAUUUGAAUGAGCCCUAAUUUGAAAUUGCUGGCCUUGAUCCUCCUGGUGUGAAUCAAGGAAAUACUGUACCUUGCCCUUGGCAGCUCAUGGCCUAAAAGAGAAAAUGCUCGUCCUCAAGGUGAGUGAAUCACGCCCUUUCCACAGCUCAGAUCAAAGCCUGUAUUUUUCAGACUUCAAGGCCUGCUGAUGUGAGAGUCUGAGGAAUGGCUAUGAUACUGGGGAUUCAGUUGCUUCCAUUAUUAAUGAAUAUGAUUUUUGAACACCAAAACUUAAAAUACCAGAUAAUGUUGCAUGUUUUAAAACCCAUUUCAUCCCUUUGGCUACCCAGGACCGGCACUAUUUUAGAUGUUAUUUAUAAAAUGAGGAUAAUGAUUAUAUGUACAUAUUCAGAUAUCAAAAUUCAGUGACAGUGUUUUUGAGAAGGGGGAUGGAGACAGAACUGCUGAUUGAAAUGCUGACAGAGCUGGAGAAAGAAUUUGAAGAUAGUGGAAUAAACUAUGAACUCUAUGAACUCUGCUAAUGGUAACAGGUUUUUGGGGUUUUUUUGCUGUAGUAUAGUAGUUCAUUGUGUGUUAUAUUGCUAAGGAUCUCGUUUUGUCUUGUAAAAUAAAUCCGAAUAUGUAUUGUGAAACACCUGUAUAAAACCAUUCUUGAAACAAGUGAUCCACAUGCCUGUUUUUUUAUUUGUUUUUGGUAGAAUUAUUUUAAAAUAUGUUCAGCCAAGCCUUUCCCAAGCUUAAGUUUUUUGUUUUUUUUAAGGAAAAUAAAUAGGUAAGAAAGGUGAUAGUUCUGUAUCUCAGCUCUGAGAACUCUAGGCUGUCUCCCUUUUCCAGCCACUUUUGUUGUUUUAUGUUUAUUAUUGGUAGAAUUAUGCUUUGGAUUGUAAGUUUUCCUUGAUAAUGUUACGAAGUCAAUCAAAACUUGUCUUGCUCAGUAAUUGUCAAAUUUAGUUGAACUAAAGGCCCAGAUGGAUGAAUAUGGCCUGGGCAAACCAUGUGAAACUUAAGUGGUGUAUGGUUUUAAUAGAGUUGAUGAAAUUGAACUCUUGACUUUAGGUAACUAACUCAAGGAAUGCGCAGCAAAUCCAUCCUCUCAAUUGAUAAGAGAGGGGGAAAUUUUUGACGUAAGAACUCGGACAAAACCUGCUUUUUUUCAAUCUACCCUGGAUCGCUCUAGUAGGCCGCAGUCCAGCUACCUUAAGGUUCUUUGCUGUGGGAACUUGAAGGGCUUUAUUUCAUUAUAAUAAUAGUUGAUUAAUAACUGGUAAUUAUGAGAAACUUAGGUAGGUAUGAUAGCAUUGUUUGAAGUAAAAUAUGAUUUUGGGGCAGCAGCUCCGUAAGUAUCAGCUCUGCAUUUGGCAAGUGUUUUUGAAAAUGAAAAUCUCAAGGGAACAACACCCUGUCACCACUCUCCACUGCAGCUGAGGCAGCUACUUUAUGAAUAAGACCAUUUUGGAUUAUUUAAGCAGAAGCUUUUUUUUGGAAUGGGGCAGGGUGAGGAGUGAGUUGCUGGACCUUGAAUUACAGUUUGCUGGUUUGAGAAGCAGCCAGUGAUUGAACUAGUGAGUUAAAUGGAUAAAAGUAUAAAGGACUUGUUUUUUUAUGGUAGCUUUUCUGUAAAAAGCUUAAAUGCUCCUUUCCAGGCUAAUCAGAUGUAUCAAUGUACAAAUAACUAUUCUCUUUUCCUCCCUGACUAUACCAUAACAUUAAAAUGGGUUAAAGGAAACUCUGCCUUUUGCUCUAUGAAAAGUUAGUAGUCCAUAAAAUUUUAAGCUGUGUGUUCAUUCCUAUUCUGAAAAUGCACAGCUCUGCUCUGGACACCCUCUCUGGAAAGUAGAAAGCUUCUAACCGGGUAUGGCACAUUGCAGGGCUUUCUCAUACAUUUCUGGCAGACUUGCCUAAAUGUUCAGAUGGGAUGAGUUGUACAGCAUCCCCUCCCCCAAAUAUGGGAUCUGAAAUAAUUACUAUUCUGAUAAUAGUGGUAGAUAUAUUAAUUUUUAAAACUGUAAAGUAAAUGUCUCUAGUCCCUGGUUUGUCGUGUGCUCAUUUGUGUUAAUGUGUAGGGAAGGGAUAUGGACUUGAUGGUUAUGGGGAGUGUAUCUUGAUGUGUGUGCAGGGGUGAGUAUUGCUGAAUUAUUAGCAGCUUUUCAUUUGGGGGCGAGUCAUGUGAGAGUGGCCUAAUCAGAAAAAUGAAGGAGCGAAGAUGCAAGCUUUGCCGGGUGGUGAAGCGAACAAGGGUUUGUAUCUAUUUUUCAAUCAGGUGUGUAAAAUCUGUGCAUGGCUUUUUUUGUUGUUGCUUAGUAAUUGGUAGAGGAGAAAAGAUGAGGGGAAAAACCUCAACUUUGCUAACCAGUCUUUUCAGAGGUACAUAGUUGAGGAGUAAAAUCUGAGUGGCCUAACAUGUUGAAAAGAUCCUAUCCUUUAUAAUAUUCACCCCAUCCUGCGAUCCUCCAUGUAGAGGAACUACAUUGUUGUAUUCUAGUAAUUCACUGUGAUUUAUAACAAGCCAGUGAUGUCAUUCUAGUGUGCACUUUCGUCAAACCAUUUACGUGACUUUAAUGAACAUAGUAAACUUGCUGACUGCACCAGAGGUCUAUUAGUGAUUUAUAUAUUGCAUGACAUUUUCUACUUCAGUUUGACAUGUAGAAUCAUUUUUAAUUUCGUGGCAAUUGACAGUCCUAAUAGCCCAGCUAAUUCGAAACUAACAAUAUUGCUGUGUAAAAGGAAAAAAUGGUGUUUGUGUUCAGUAAAUGUUUGAAAAAAA